AUGUUCAAAUUCGCUGUUUUUAUCUUCGCUGUCAUUGCCUGUGCUGCUGCCAAGCCCGGUUUUAUUGGUGCUCCUUUGGCUUAUGCUGCUCCCGCUGCUGUUGUUGCUGCCCCCGCUGGUGUUGUUACUGCCACCAGUAGCCAAUUUCUUGCCCGCAACCACAAUGGUAUCGUCACUGCUCCUAUUGUUGCUCCAGUAGCUGCCCCUGUUGCCGCCUAUACCGCCCCCAUUGCUGCUGCUUAUACCGCUCCCGUUGUAGCCAAAUACGCUGCUGCCUACUCUCAUCCUUUGGCUUACACUUCUCCUUUGGCUUACUCAGCUUACUCUUCCCCCAUUGUUGCCAAAUAUGCUGCCGCUUAUUCUCAUCCCUUGGCCUACUCCGCUCCCUUGACUUAUGCUGCUGCCCCUGCACAAGUUUUGUUUUAA